AUGCGCGAGGCCCUUGAGACCAGCGAUGACAACAUUGCCAAGUUUCUGCCUGGGGCAGUUAUAUUGAUGGAGCUUUGUUCUCACGCGCUCCUCAGACAUUGCGCUCUCAAAGUAGACGAACAGCAGUUGGAACACUUGUCACUGAAUCUUGGGCCUGCUGAUGAGGCUGGAUCUGGCAUGGCACGGUGGUUGUUUUGGAGGCGUCGCUUCCAGAAGCUUAGCCAUCAUCCUGAUACUUCACUUGCGCAACUUGCUAAGAAGGGAUUCAUGGCUAUGAUCCACUGCGGCCAAGAUGUCGAUUAUAGUGUCCAAGGAGAAGACGUGUUUGUCAAAAAGCUACAGGCGACUAUGUGGGCUGAACUGGUCAAGAGUGGAAAGAAAAGCCUGGAUGGUGACGAUAUCGAUAUCGACCCCGAUUGGGUUGAUGGGGAGAACGAGUGA